AUGGCAUGUUGGCUUUUGAAUAUAAGAGCAAUAACUGAGGAUUUAAUUAGUGACGACGAGUUUUACACGGAGUUUAACUUUUGUGAUAUCGCAUUCUGUGAUCAAAAUGUUGCUGAUGCUCCUUGUCUUCGUUUUUCAUCAGAUAACUCCAGACUAGCUACUAGUAGUUUAAGUCAGGCUGUGCGUCCAUCAAACAUAACCAGUCGUCCAUUAACAGGUGUUUCUAAUAAAAAUGGUGCAAAACAAUGUACAGAUUCCAUUGAGGCCGUUAUUCGUAACACUUCGAGACCUGUAACAGCUUAUUACAAUAAACGCCAGCGAAAAGGAACAACUGCUCAUCUAAACAAAGAACCCAUUGAUAUAAGUCGUUUGAAUUUAGUGAAGUAUACUCAAAAUUCAGAAAUAGCAUGUUCCUUAUUUGAAUUUUUAUUCUAUGUUGCUAAAGAAUACCGUGAAGCGCUCAACUUAACAAAUUUAAUAUGUACUACUAAUAAUAAAACUAAUAAUCAGGUAUCGAAAUUACAAUUAAAUCACUUAUCAUAUAAUGAAUAUGUGGAGAUGAAUUGGUGGUGGUAUUUACAACAAGCACGUUGUUUGUAUAGAUUAGGACUUGGACGAGAAGCUGAAUGUUCAAUCAAUCUAUCAUUAGAAUUAAAUCCAAGUGUAGAAUCAUAUACACUUCUAGCAUUUGUUGCUAUACAACUUAAUCAGCCGGUUCGUGCACUUAGUAUUUACGAUAAAGGCUUGGAAAGAUUUCCUCAAGAUAUUGAUCUGUUAACUGGUAAAGCUAGAAUAUAUCAGAAAUUAAACGAUGUCUCACAAUCGGUUGCUUUAUAUAAAGAAAUAUCUCAAAUAGACGAUAUGAAUGUUGAGAGUUUGGCUUCAAUUGCAAUGUAUUAUUUUUAUGAGGAUGAACCGGAAGUCUCACUAAAGUAUUACAAACGUAUUCUGCAAUAUGGAUAUGAAUCAGCUGAAUUAUACAAUAAUUUAGGAUUGUGCACAUUUUAUACUCAACAAUAUGAUCUAUGCUUAUCAUUCUUCAAUCAAGCUAUUGCGCUAAGUGAAACAACAAACUUAGCGGAUAUUUACUAUAAUCUCGGGCAUAUCGCAAUUAAUAUUGGAGAUCUUCAGAUGGCCAAUCAAUGUUUAUAUCUCACUAUUAUGAAUGAUAAUAAUCAUGCAGAAGCAUAUAAUAAUUUGGGUGUGUUAGAACAGAAAAGUGGUAAUAUCAAUAUGGCUAAAGAAUUAUAUCAAACAUCAUGUCAGUUAACUGCUGAUUUGUUUGAACCACAUCAUAAUUUAGCUUUUCUAACAGAAACUCUUGGUGAAUUACAAACAAGUUUUAAUUUAACGAAACGUUCAUUACACUUAUUUCCAAAUCAUAAAGAUUUACAAAAUCUUUUAUUUCGUUUAAAGGAAUUCUUUACUUCAAUAUAA